AUGUAUUCGGAUUCGCGAACGCGGCACAUGAAAGGAGUGACGCCACCUCUCCUGACAGACUCUCCUAAUCCGAACAGAAGACCCUCUGAGCACGCUGUCCCCUCCGCUCUCCGCAUUGGCACCCCAACAAUAGGCGAUACCCCGCCGUUUGACGUUCGACCACCACUCAAGCGCAAAAGCACGUCUGGCACCUCAGACAGACUCUCACAACUCUUUCCGUCCCGUCCAUCUUCAGUAGCUUCAAUCGUGCCCCCCACUAGUACCCCUGCGUCAAGAAGACAGUCGUUCCCUCCACCUAUCGACACAAAUUCUGACACCUCGUAUCGCAUACCUCGCGCACCACCGCCACCUUCAUUCGCCGAGGAAACAUCGUACAAUCCAGUUGCAAGCGUAUUUGCUCAACCUCGUGCUUCACCAUUAUUGGACAAGAAGAAUAGCAGGACUAAGCGCGUCCUUCAUCGAAUCGCAUCUCUGCAUGGAGGAGCAUCCAGGGGAGGAAGCUAUUAUCGGCUCGAUGAUGAAGAGUGGGGGACCCGCAGAGCUGGAUUGAAGGGUGUGGAAGAGGACGAUGAGGCGGUUGGGUAUGAUCUGAGUUUGCUCAGCGGACUGGAUUUGAAGGGAUUCGAGGCGCAAUCGGUGACAGAGGAUAGGGACAAAUCCAGAGAACGAAUUAGAGAUAUGAACGAAGCUAGCCAUGCCGCCGAAUUUGAAAACUUCGAAUCACAAUUGGGGGCUGGUAUGACAUCGAUACUCCACAAACCGUUCACGCACACGCCUUCAGGACCAGUGCCAGGCUUCUUUCCGGGCCAUCGCAGAAUAUUGUCGGCAUCGGAUGUUGCGAAUGCUGAGGCAAAGAAAGCACAGGUCGAAGCUGAAAAGACUGGCCAAGUUGUUGCCGUUGCGACAGAGAUCCCCGUCGACAUCAGCGACUUUACAGCAGUCACUCGUGACUUCGACUCAAUGAGCAGCCUUUCAGCUGGUCUUGUCAAGAAGGACGCAGAAACCAGUUAUUUCUUCCCAAAAGGUGCCACUUCCGAUGUCAUUCCAUAUGCGCUAUCUAACAUCGACGCAGAUCCCCAAAUGCCCGCAUGGCGACCCACUACUAUGAGCUGGUGGUGGAUAUCCAUGCUGAUAGUAAUCGCCCUUGCCCUUGCCGGUGUUCAGGAAUAUCUCUGUCAGAUAUCUUUGAGAAGCGUUGAGAAAGAUCCCAUAAAAGGCGGGCUCAGCAAUUUCCAAAGAGUAGGCCAAUUGCCCAUCACAUUAUACUUUGCCUGGCAAUACGCACCGAUUAUGAUCUUCGUGUUUUACGGUGUACUCUGGCAGAUGUCAGAUUUCGAAGUGAAACGCCUAGAACCGUUUUACCAGCUAUCCAAGAAGACCGGAGCAACUGCAGGGGAGUCGCUCAACAUGGAUUAUCUGACUUCUCUAGGCACGUUGAUUGCUAGCAGCCUCGUACCUGUUCUUCAAUCCGCCUCGAUCACCAUGUGGCCACCAGAGGACAAUCGCGAGAACGACGGUUGGAAAUCUAUUCGGCGGAAAAGCGGCCUGCAGUCAGACUCCAAGGGCAUCGCAGGGAUCGCAGCCAUGGCUACCAAGAGUCAUAUUCUUGCGGAUUUUAAAGGACUAGACCAGGCGCCCUUGAACAAGAUCCACAAGCAACUCCGCCAGCGAAGGUACAUUCUGCAUAAGAGCUCCCUUUGGCAGGGCGAAUACAUCAGCAACAGUAAAGAGAAGAUCCACGAACAAGACACCGAUCCCAGACCACUUAUGCUUCGGCUGCGUGUCGGCGUCCCCUUUGUCGGCUUCCUAAUCGCCUUUACCAUAAUAGUACCCAUCGUCACGUUUGUCGAAGUAGCAGGCGCAUUCACCGAGGAACUUCCCUGGAUUAUGACCGACGGCAAAAAGUUCAUCCCCGGGCUCGGCGGUCAGGACUGGGACGACAACCACGACGGCAAGAUGAAUGAUCCGACAGACCGCUACAACACGGAGCAAACCUUUCGUUCCUUCUGGACUUCCUUCACACUCACAAUGCUCAUCCUACUCUACCUCAUCGGCAUCGCUCUCCUGACGUACAAGAAGCGUAGCCAGAAAUUCCUGCCACGCCAGAUUGGCACAAUGGCCUCGGUGCUGGCUUUCAUCCACCAGUCCAAGAUGCUGCUUAGUUUCAUCGAUACCGAGAAGUUUACGUCGAGUGAAAUGACACGACAUUUGGAGAAGAGCGGGAAGACGUAUGCACUGGGAUGGUUUAGGGGUAGAGAUGGCGAUGACCAUCUAGGGAUUGAUGAGGAAGAGAUUACUAGUGCGUAUGUUUAUGGAAAGGAUUGGACGUCGGGGCGGUUGAGGCCUGGUAGGGAAAGCAUGUGGGAGCACUAUUAG